AUGUCGACGUCAAUAGAGUCAGUCAAGCUCCUCGAUGAGGUCACCGGGGAGAUGGUCUCUAAGACCGAAUUGAAGAAGCGUCAAAAGACUCGUCAAAAGGAAGAAGAGAAAGCAAAGAAGGCUGCUGCAGCACCACCAAAGCCUAUCGCAAUUAAAAAAAGCAAUGCGGAAACUGAUGAGAAGGAAUUGAAUCCUAAUCAAUACUUGGAGAUCCGCUCUCGUCAAGUCAAGAAGAUGAUACAGGAAUCGAGCUUCCCCGAUCCAUACCCACACAAGUUUAGCGAAAACUAUGAUCUGAGGAAUUUCGUCAAGGAUUACGAUCACUUGAAGUCUGGAGAACAUAAGAAAGAUGUGGAGAUUCGCCUGGGAGCAAGAAUCUACAAUAAGCGUACCUCGGGGAACAAGUUGGUAUUCUAUGAUGUUAGGGUCGAGAGACAAAAGGUUCAGGUGAUGUGCCAACUCCAGGAGGCCAAGGAAGGAUCACCGCCAUUUGACCAACAACAUGAGCAUCUACGUCGUGGUGAUACCAUUGCUAUUAUCGGAUACCCUGGACGAACUGCACCAAAGAACAAGAUUGAGAAGGGAGAAGAGGGAGAACUUUCCAUCUUCGCGACUGAGAUUAUUCUCCUCACCCCUUGCUUACAACAAAUGCCAGAUGAGUACUACGGAUUCAAGGACCAAGAGAAGAGACAUCGCCAAAGAUAUCUGGAUUUGAUCAUGAAUGAUUCUUCUCAAAAUGUAAUCAUCACUCGUCACAAGCUCGUCAACUAUGUUCGCAAAUACUUUAUUGAUAGGGAUUUCAUCGAAGUAGAAACUCCAAUGAUGAACCGAAUUGCUGGAGGUGCCACAGCCAAGCCAUUUGUGACUCACCACAACGAUCUUGACAUGAAAAUGUUCAUGCGUAUAGCCCCAGAACUUUACCUCAAGCAGCUUGUCGUUGGCGGUCUCCACCGUGUUUUCGAAUUGGGACGUCAAUUCCGUAACGAGGGUAUCGAUCUUACACACAAUCCUGAGUUCACAACCUGCGAGUUCUAUCAGGCAUUUGCUGAUGUCUAUGAUGUCAUGGAAAUGACCGAAGAAUUAGUUUCUGGUCUGGUCAAAAAUCUCACUGGAGGCACCACAACCAAGUUCCAUACUCAACACGGAGAAGAAUAUGAAGUCAACUGGGCUGCACCUUGGAAACGUGUUGAGAUGAUUCCAGCUCUCGAGGAAGCAACUGGAGAGAAGUUUCCCCCUGGAGAUCAAUUACAUACCGCCGAGACCAACGAAUUUUUCAAGAUGGUUCUCAAGAAGAUGAAGGUCGAGUGUUCGCCUCCUCUCACUAACGCCCGUAUGCUUGACAAACUCGUUGGUGAAUUCAUUGAAGAGACCUGUGUCAACCCCACUUUCAUCACUGAGCACCCACAAAUGAUGUCACCACUCGCCAAGCACCAUCGCAGCAAGCCUGGUUUGUGCGAACGUUUCGAGGCAUUCGUUUGCAAGAAAGAGAUUGUUAACGCAUACACUGAGUUGAACAAUCCAUUUGAUCAACGUCUUAGAUUCGAAGAGCAAGCUAGACAAAAGGAUCAAGGUGAUGAUGAAGCUCAAAUGGUCGAUGAGAAUUUCUGUCGCGCGUUAGAGUUUGGUUUACCACCAACAGCAGGUUGGGGUAUGGGUAUUGAUCGUUUGGUUAUGUUCUUGACCGAUAACUAUAGCAUCAAGGAGGUUCUUACUUUUCCCUUCAUGAAGGAGGAUACGCAGAAUGUAAAGGAGCCAUUGGCGGCAGAGAAGGUCGGUGUAGAGCCAUUACCGGUUGAGGGUAUAGCACAUAAAGAUCAUGGGUUUGGUUUUGGUAUGGGUAUGAGUAUGGGUAUGGGUAUUGGUUUUGGUAUGAGUAGGAAGGAGGAGGAUGGGGGUGAGGGUGAGGAUGAGGGUGAGUGUGGAAAUGAGGGUGAGGAUGGUGAGGAUGAGAGUGAUGAGGGUGAGGGUGAGGGUGAGUGA